CCUCAGACACAGGCGUUGUUAGAUUAGGACGGGUUGUACCCAUUUUGGAGGAACUGCUUUGGUUAGAAGUCUGAUUUACGAUCUUGGCUAUGAAAGUGUACGAUAAGAAUUCGGUAUCCCUCAACUUGGUCUUAACAACGUCGACACAAAAUUUAGGAAAACGAGGCAUCAAGGCUCCACUUCUUCUCUUUGUUUAUUACUGUGCUAUUAUUAUACAAGUCACUAGCAAUUUUUUCUGUCACCCUCCCGCCUCUUCCUUGUAUUUCUACAUAGCCAUUCACAUGUUGCAAUCAAAUUGAGGGUGGUUUCAAGGCCCUCAUUAUAGCCAGUUAUAUCCCAU